UAAAUGCAUCACGUAACAGUAAGAGUAAAAAAACUGUAAGUACGGUUGAAAAUUAACUAAUUUAUGUAUUCAACAAAGCGGUCAUGUCACGUUACAAAAACGACUCGAAACCGAGGACUCGAAAGGUGUACUCAGCUUAUGCGAUGGUGCGCAUGCGCGGUCAACAAAAUGAACGAAUCAUUCGAGGCUCGUCACGGGCUCCCCCACAGGACAUCACUCCACACUGACAAAUGUUGAGCUGAACUACAUGAAGAUUAAAACUUUAUAUUCUGGGCUCGUGUAGUUGUGUCAAUGCUGAGCUUCUGUCCAGACAAAGAGGUGUCAGUGUGUGCUGUGACUACACAGUGCCCCCUGACAUCCGCUGUCAGAUACACCUGGUUGUUAUAACUCUGGAAGCAGAGUCUGUUUCUCUGAUGGACCGAACCCGGUUUCUCACUGCAGCCAUGGAUCUGAAGAGCCAACCCGAAUGUCAGCAGGGCCGCUGGUAACACCUGCUCUACUUUCCACCACCAGACAUUUCACUUCCGUUUUUACGGGUUAAACUCUACAUUUACUCUACAUCCCAUCAAAAUAAAAGUUCUGAGAAAUGUUGCUACAUUUAUCUGGUCAAAGCUGAGUUAUGACGUUUUUUAACAAGUUUGUGUCAAAGCUGUUAUGGGGCAGAUAAAAUGUUGUUUAUUAUUAGGAUAAUGUUUAAAACAAGCUUUAAACUAUAAACAGGUGUUUUAUGAAAGUGCAGCGACUUUCAGAACAACCUACAAACUUUUACUGUCACUAAACUGUUGAACGUGUGUUUUACAGGUGUUUUUGUUCUGCAAACAUCAAGUAAACCUGCUUGAUGACUGUUUGUACUGCCUCACGUCCUGUGUUAAGUACUUGGUAACCUUCAGCACAACUGUGAAACAACAAACUGUUGUUUCACAGCCUGAAAUGGAAACAACAAAAACUAAAAACAAAAUGCAUCUUUAUUUACUCGGUGCAGUUUACAACAAAUAAGUGAAAGGAAAAAUAUUAGCACCUCUAAAACAUAAACUGGAAUCAUCUGACUUUUGAACAACACCGCUGCUGCUAGGAUACGGUAAAACCCUACCGCCAGCACCUCGUUGCUAGGAUACAGUGGCCCGCGACGCUAUUGCUGUGGAUCAGAGGACAGGUUUGUUGAGUUUGUCACGGUAUCCGGUAAGAGGCCGACAGGAUGGAGAUCGUCCACGUUUACACGAAGCUCCGCGGGGAGUUCGGCCGGCAGUGCCUCUUCUCUGACCGGCCUGCUGAGCUGAUGGUCGACAUCCCCGCGGACCCGAGUCUGGCUCUGCAGUUCAUCCAGAAAACCCCGAGAGACCAGGCCCUGCAGGCCUGCCGGGACAUGUCCGAGCACCAGGUGAACACGGAGCGCUUUGAGUCGGAGAGCUGUGGGAUAAACCACGUGCAGGGGGGAUGGCCCAAAGACGUCGACCCUGAGGAGAUGGAACAGACCAUCCGCUUCAGGAAGAAGGUGGAGAAAGACGAGAGCUACGUCAACAGCAUCCUGCAGCUGGGCAGCGUCAUGGAGCACUGCAUCAGGCAGAACAACGCUGUGGACAUCUACCAGGAGUACUUUGAGAAGGAGGAGGAGGUGGAGGAAAGUCAGGAGCCACCGUCUGCCAAGACCAUCAACAUCUUCAGGGAUCCUAAUGAGGUAAAGCGCACAGUCACUGGUCUGUCCUGGCAUCCGGACUGUGGCAGGAAGCUGGCGGCUGCUUACUCCUGCCUUGACUUCCAGAAAACCAACAAAGAUAUGAGCCUGGACUCCUACAUCUGGGAUGUGGAGAACCCAAACAGACCAGAAAUGACCCUGAAGCCAGCGUCUCCACUCGUCUGUCUGGACUACAACCCCAAAGACUCCCAUACUCUUGUGGGAGGCAGCUACAACGGACAGAUCGCAUACUGGGACACCCGUAGAGGCAGCCAGCCAGUGGAGCUUUCCUCUUUGGAGCAGAGCCACAGAGACCCAGUCUACAAGAUCAUCUGGCUGCAGUCCAAGACCGGGACAGAUGCCUUCUCUGCCUCAACCGAUGGACAGGUUCUUUGGUGGGACGUCCGCAAGUUGAACGAGCCCACCGAGCGUCUGGUUUUGGACCCAGGCAGGGAGGGGAACUUGGACCGAGCUUUAGGAGCCAUCUCUCUUGAGUUUGAGCCCACCAUGCCGACUAAGUUCAUGGUGGGGACAGAGCAGGGCGUGGUCGUCUCCUGUAACCGGAAAGCCAAGACUCCAUCUGAGAAGAUUGUUUGUACGUACGAUGGUCACCAUGGACCUGUCUACGCUCUGCAGAGGAACCCCUUCUUCCCCAAAAACUUCCUCACUGUGGGGGACUGGACAGCCCGAAUCUGGUCUGAGGACAUCAAGGAGUCAUCCAUCAUGUGGACCAAGUAUCAGAUGUCAUACCUGAUGGAUGCCUGCUGGAGUCCAGUCAGACCCUCUGUCUUCUUCACUGUAAAGACGGAUGGUGUUCUGGAUGUCUGGGAUGUCCUGUUCAAACAGAAUGAGCCCACGCUCCGCCUCAAGGUGUGUGACAAGGCUCUCUACAGCCUUCGUGUUCAGGAUAAUGGACGUUUGGUGGCAUGUGGGUCCAAGCAGGGCGAAGCUACGCUGCUGGAGAUCUGCUCCGGACUGUCGACGAUCCAGAAGAACGAGAAGAGUCUGUUGGCCGCUAUGUUUGAACGCGAGACAAAGCGAGAGAAGAUCCUGGAGGCUCGACAGCGAGAGAUUCGACUGAAGGAGAGGAGUCGAUCGGAGCAGAGCCGAGAGGAGGAGGCAGGACGAGGGGAUGGUGAGGAGAGUCCUGAUCAGCUGAUCGCCAGAGCUGAGAAGGACUUCUACAGUCUGGUGGAGACGGAGCUGAGGAGGCGCGAGGACGAGACUCAGCAGGAGAAAGGUGUCUGUGAAGAAAAAGAAGUGAAAGACGAAGCAGAAACUUCAGAAACGUUACAGUGAAUAAAGGAAUAUUUAUUCUUUGAA